AGCGGUGCCAGCCUGCGCGCUGCCGGCGGCGGGGAGCGGCGGGGCCGCGGGCGCGCAGCGAGCUCCGGCUCCGCGAGCGGAGGCUCCCAGGGUCCCCUGCUGACUCGAGCGGCGGCGAGCAGAGGCGCGCCCGCAGCUGCCCCGGCGGCUCGCAGCCAUGAGCAGCGCCGCGGUCCUCGCCCACCUCCCGGACCCCAGCAGCAGCUUCAGGGAAGACGCCCCUCGCCCGCCGGUGCCGGGGGAGGAAGGGGAGACACCAUGUCCGCAGCCCUCCAGCUCGUUUCUCCUGAAAAGCCAAAGCUUCAAGGCCACGCCGGUGCCUCCUGCCCCGAGGAGGAAUGAGAACGGACUCGGGGAGCCGGAGGGUAGCGCGUCUCCAGACUCCCCUCUGGCCAGAUGGACCAAAUCCUUGCAUUCCUUGUUGGGAGAUCAAGAUGGUGCCUAUCUUUUUCGGACCUUCCUGGAAAGGGAAAAAUGUGUGGAUACCUUAGACUUCUGGUUUGCCUGCAAUGGCUUCAGGCAGAUGGACCUUAAGGAUACCAAAACUUUAAGAGUAGCCAAAGCUAUAUAUAAAAGGUACAUUGAGAACAACAGCAUUGUCUCCAAGCAGCUCAAGCCUGCGACCAAGACCUACAUAAGGGAUAGCAUCAAGAAGCAGCAGAUAGAUUCUAUAAUGUUUGACCAGGCACAGACUGAGAUUCAGACUGUGAUGGAGGAAAAUGCUUACCAGAUGUUUUUAACUUCUGAUAUAUACCUCGAAUAUGUAAGGAGUGGAGGAGAGAAUCCCGCUUACAUCAACAGCAACGGACUGGGGAGCUUAAAAGUUGUCUGUGGCUAUCUCCCAACCUUGAAUGAAGAAGAGGAAUGGAGCUGCGCGGACUUUAAGAACAAAAUCUUGCCUUCAGUGGUUGGACUAUCCAGCAAGACGUUGAGGGUUACAGCAAAUGUCAGAGCCACGGAAGCAAUAGAGAGUGGGUACAGGUCCUUCAAGAGGAAUGAUCCUGUUAACCCGUACCAUGUGAACUCUGGCUAUGUUUUCGCCCCAGCAACUAGUGCAAAUGAUAGUGAAAUAUCUAGCGAUGCCCUGACUGAUGAUUCCAUGUCGAUGACGGACAGCAGUGUGGAUGGGAUCCCUCCGUACAGACUCGGGAGCAAGAAGCAGCUCCAGAGGGAAAUGCAUCGGAGCGUUAAGGCCAACGGUCAAGUUUCUCUACCUCAUUUUCCGAGAACCCACCGUCUCCCCAAGGAGAUGACCCCGGUGGAGCCGGCCACCUUCGCUGCCGAACUCAUUUCCCGAUUGGAAAAGCUGAAACAGGAGCAAGAAACCAUGGACAGCCUGGAGGAGAGGUUGCAGCAAAUCAAAGAGGAUGAAGAGAAGGAGGGACCGGAGCUGCCGGCCAGCGUGCAGGCCGGCCGGGAGGCGGCGAACCCCCAGCACCAGCAGCACCCGCUCUCGCUUCUGCCCGCUGGCAGCUACGAGGAGGACCCGCAGGCCAUCCUGGACGAGCACCUCUCCCGCGUGUUGAAGACCCCCGGCUGCCAGUCCCCCGGCGUGGGCCGGCACAGCCCUCGCGCCCGCUCCCCUGACCGCUUGCCCGGGGGCAAGCUCCUGCCUGGCGCUCCCUCGCCGGCCGCCGGCGCCCUCCUCGGCAAGGGGUUCGUCACCAAGCAGAUGACCAAGCACGUGCACCACCACUACAUCCACCAUCACACCGUGCCCAAGACGAAGGAGCAGAUCGAGGCGGAGGCGGCGCAGCGGGCGCAGUGCUGCUGCCCGGCCGGCGGCGACUACUACUGCUAUUCGAAAUGCAAGAGCCACGCGAAGGGCGCGGACCCCGCUGUGCCUCCGCCGGAGCCGUUGUUCGGCAGGACGGGCACGCUGGCCAAGCGCGGCGGCAGAGGAGCCGAGAGCGGGGCCCCGCCGGCGGGCGAAGGAGGGCUGCCCGGCGCCCCGGGGCUGCAGCUGCCCGCCGGCGAGGCGGACCGGGCGCAGAACGUCUGGCAGUGGAUGCUGGAGAGCGAGAGACAAAAUAAGCACAAGCCCCAUAGCACACAAAGCACAAAGAAGUUCUACAGCUCCGACUUCGCCAAAGGGGCCCCCAGCGAGCGCCCCAGCCGCCACCACCUGUGGGGGACCAGCAGCCACCCGCGCGGGGUGCAGCCCGCCCACCCCUUCGUCCAGGACCCGGCCAUGCCCCCGCUCACCCCUCCCAACACCCUCGCCCAGCUGGAGGAAGCCUGUCGCCGGCUAGCAGAAGUCUCCAAGCCUCAGAAACAACGAUGUUCAACCUCAAAUCAGCAGAGGGAUCGAAACCACUCCACUGCUGUUCAGGGGGGAAACAUCCCUUUCUGCAGUGCAAGUCUAAUGAUAGAAGAUCAUAAAGAGCCAAAGAAACUCCCAGUUGUUCACACCUCUCAGUCUAGUGAGUUGGUUGUCACCUAUUUUUUUUGUGGAGAAGAAAUUCCCUACCGGAGGAUGUUAAAGGCCCAGAGCCUGACACUUGGGCACUUUAAAGAACAGCUGAGCAAAAAGGGAAAUUACAGAUACUACUUCAAAAAAGCAAGCGAUGAGUUUGACUGUGGCGCAGUGUUUGAAGAAAUCUGGGAAGACGAAACAAUCCUGCCCAUGUACGAAGGAAGGAUUCUUGGGAAAGUGGAAAGGAUUGAUUGAUGGCGUCGGCGUUACUUAAGAAAAUUUAAGCCAGACAAGUCUGUGGACACACAACAGUAGUGAUAACAAGAUAAAAAAAAAAAAAAAAAAAGAAAGAAAAACUCUGAAGGAAAGUUUUGAACCAAUGAAGAAAAAAGAAAAGUGAAGUCUAUGAAGACUUUGCUGAAUUAGCCUUAGAGGAAAAAAAUGGCAUUUAUUAUUCAUGAGUUGGAUACUGAGAUGAUAAAAACCCUGAACUAUUUAUUAAAUAACAUGACCACUGUUGGCUAUUGGAGAUGCAGACCGUGUUUGAGAGACUUCCAUACAUAAUAUAUGAUUUCCUGGGGAUCUGAAAUCUAUGGACUAAGAGAAACUGUGUAUAGCUUACCUUAACAGUAAUCCUUAUUGAUAUUUAUUGAACACUCUGUUUUCCCCUAAGUCCAGUUUUUGGAUAUGCUGCUUUAACAAUGGAGAAUAGAGAGGGGCUGGGAGGUGGGGUGACGGGAGGAAGGAGUAUUUUAUUUUUUUAUAUUGUUCCCACUAGCUAAAAUUGAGCGGUUUGGCUCUGAGUGCAUUCACGGUUCUUUUCGAGGGGGAGGAGGGAGGGAAGGACGGUGCGCCCAGUAUUUCUCCGAGCCAAGAGAAGACUUUUCUAAAGAAAUAAUGAUAAAAACCGAAAUAAAAAUACUGUCCUGCCAUUCAUCUAGAGACCGGUGCAUUUUAAUCUCUGCUGCUCUAAUUUGAAAUAAAGGUCUUAAGUGUUAAAUACAUUAGACGCAAUAUACCUACAGCAACUCGUCGUCCUGCCCGGGGCUUUCUGGGGCGCGAGGUGGCUGCGGCGCCGCCGCCGCGUCCCGCGCCGAGCUCGGCCGAGGCAGACCACAGCAAAUCCCAGGCGCGGGGCGGCUGUAAACGAAGCCAUCUCGUUCCCGUUUCCACCUUCGACACACCAAAAGGACGCGUUGCAAAAGCCAGGUUAAAAACCCGUAUGUACGACACGCAGCUAGCUAAAUUUUCUUUUUUUAGCCGUUCAACGUUAGCACAACUUAUAUUUAAAUGACAUUUUUAACUUUGAUGGCGCAUAGUUGUGGAGCACGUGGUUCUUCUUGUGUGUGUGUGUGGUUUUUUUUGUUAUUAUUUUUAUUUUUUUUAUUUUUUUUUGCCGUACCCUCACGACAGCCACGGGGGCCCGCGGGAGGCGUCAGCGAAGGCUCUUGGCGGCGCUUUGGAAAGCUGCGCGAGCACGUGCUAGGGCAGAGCAACCCUUUCCCCAGCAAGACCUUGCAUUUCUACAGUUGGGUUUCGUGUUGAUUAAGUUAAUCUGUGCAUUCUGUUUGCCAUCGCUACUUUGUACAAGUCUGUAUAUAUUGUAGAAAAUGUAUGGUGGAAAAAAAAAUAUUAAUACACUAUCUCUAGUGUUUUUAAAAUUUAAUCAGUACAGUACCUGUGCCUGCAUGGUGUUACUAGGCCAUGCGUCGCCCUAUAUUCAGGGUUCAAGCUUUCCCUUGUUUGUUUAAGGGGUUUAUGUAUAAAUAUAUUUUAUGCCUUUUAUUACAAGUCCUGUACUCAUGACUUUUGCCAUGGCAUUUUGUUCUACUUAUACUGUAAAUUAUGCAUUAUAAAGAGUUUCAUUUAAAAAAAAAAUUACUUGGUACAAUAAUUAUUGUAAUUAAGAGA